GAUUUGGAUUCACAAACAAUAUCCAAGAAUUUCACACCUUUUGGUGGAGGAACAAGACAAUGUGCUGGGGCAGACUACAGCAGGGUAUUUCUCUCCAUGUUCAUCCAUGUCCUGGUUACAAAGUACAGGUGGAGAAAUAUCAAGGGCGGGAAGAUUCGUAGAGAUCCUCAUUUGCGAUUUGAAGAUGGCAUCCAUAUUAAGUUAUAUGAGAAGCAUUAACUAUAUAAAUCUGCAAAAUUUCAUGUUUUUUUCUAAUAAGCGUUGGUUUCAUGUACUUAAUGAAAAUAAAAUAUGAAUUUCAAAUAAAAUAUCUUUUUUUUUCAUAAA